GCAACUGAAGCUUUUAACGGUCUUAUGUUGUACUUCUGGGAAUUUCUUGCUGCCUUUCCUGAUUCUAAAAUCAGAAGUCUGCAAGAGGAUUUCAAGACAACUCGAUGCUGCCGAUUUACCAAACUAUAUAAAAGGCCCCGAAUGACCAGUUAUAGUCUCACAAAUCUUCUUAGCCUGGUCCCAGUAAGGUUCCAACGUUGGUUUUCCAGGGUAGCCGAAAAUGUUCAAAUUCGUCUCAGUUAAACGCCAAAAUUCUAUCGUGUGCGCUUUUAUGAUGGUGAGCCUUUUCUGUGGCCAACUGGGCGUCUACGGAGAAACCGAUGCCAGUCUCGAUGAAGGUGAGAUUGCGAAUCUCGAAGAAGAUGAAAUUGCAAAGAUGGCGGUUCCCUGCCAAAUCUUUUGCACGCUCGAAUACAUGCCAGUGUGUGGAACAGACGGCAAAACGUACUCCAACAUCUGCCAUCUGAAUGCUCAUAACACGUGCCAUGGCACAGACGUCCAGAAGAUUCACGACGGUCCUUGCCGUCCUCACGAGUUCUGCGUUCCCGAUCCCCAUCCACUCAAAUGCCGAUGCCUCCACGGCAAGGUCGUAUGUCAAACUCCCCAGGCUCAACCUCACAUUCGUUGUAACAAUGUGUUCAAGCCCGUCUGCGGAACCGAUGGGAGAACUUACCGAAACGCAUGUCAAUUAGCUGUGGCCACCACUUGUUCCUCCAUCCAUCCCCAAGUGCGUGUUUGUCAUAAAGGUCCAUGCAAAUUUGGACAAUUGUAGACAAAAUCUUUUCCCAAGAAAUCGAUAAAAGAAUGUGGACACUGACUUUGAAUUUAA